UUCGCAAUUUGAAUUCCCAACUGUGAACAUACGACUUUGUAACGUUUAAUUAAACGCGGCGGCGGUAUUCCUAACAAUAAUUAGCAUUUAUGGAUUAAUAAAGCGAAAAAAAAUUAGAAAAGAAAAGAAGAACAACAAACAUAUUCAGCACGCCAUUAAGAGAUUCAUAGAAAUCUUUAAUUGGAAAUAAAGUAAAUAUGAAUUUACUUAUAUUGCUGCUAACUCUGUUGGUAGCCAAUGGAACUAGGGCGGAUGUCUCGCAUCUAGAUACUGAUUUGCGUGAAGAUGGUUAUCAUUAUAAACUGCCAAAUGUGCCAUUUCCUUCCCCUCCUUCGGAUAAUAGAAUAGAAGAAACUGAUAUUCAACGACCAAUACCACCGCCAUCAAGACCGUCAUCUGGUUAUGGUGCACCUGGACAACCUGGUCAGCCUGGCAGUCCUGGCGUGGGACGACCUGGCCAAACUGGAUAUGGGAUACCUGGACAACCGGGUAGCGCCGGCCAGCCAGAAUCUGGAUAUGGUGGUCAACCAGGGCAACCAUCAGGACCUAGCCGACCUGGACAACCUACGCUUGGUGGCCCAUCAAGGCAGCCAUCAGGACCAUCUCCUGGUUAUGGUGCGCCUUCACAACCUGGUCAACCUGGGCAGCCUGCAUAUGGUGGCCCAUCGGGACAGCCAUCAGGACCUUCUCCUGGUUAUGGUGCCCCUUCACAACCCGGUCAACCUGGGCAGCCUGCAUAUAGUGGCCCUGCAACACAACCUUUUCAGCCUGGGUAUGGUGCCCCAUCAGGAGUUCCUGGUCAACCCGGACGUCCUGGACAGCCUACUUCCUCCGGUCAGCCUGGAUAUAAUUAUGGCGCUCCGUCCCAACCUGCGCGACCUGGACCUGGACUGCCUGGAGGCCCUGGCUACGGUCAAUCUGGAUUACCGGAUUGCAGUGGCCCUACGCCACAGCCUGGAUGCCCCGACGCACCUGGUCGACCUGGUCAACCUGGAUACCGCCCUUCCGGACAACCCGGCUAUGGUGGUCAACCUGGAUAUCCCGCACGGCCUAGUCAGCCUGUAACACCCAGCCAGCCCGAUUGUAGAAGUAAUCCUUCACAGCCUGGAUGCCCCGGUUCAACGGGCUUGCCUGAAAGACCUGGUCUACCAGCAACACCCCAGCAACCCGGUUUUAGACCCAGUGUGCCUGGUCAACCCACAUCGCCUGGACAACCAUCUGGAUCCCCUAGCUACCCUGGUCGCCCAAGUCAGCCUACUUCACCUGGAAAACCUGGACGUCCUGGUCAAGAAUACCUUCCUCCGGAUGGCACACCGUCAAGACCUCAACCCGGGCAGCAUGGGCGCCCUGGUCAGCCUGAUGUUCCUGGACGACCCAGUGGACCUGGACACCAAGAUUGUAGCGGUCCCUCUCCACCACCAGGAUGUCCUACUCCACCUAGACAGCCUGGGCAGCCUGGAUACGGCCCUUCUCAACCUAGUAGUCCAGCAAGUCCUGGCUCUUCUGGAUGUGAUGGUCAACCUGGAUAUCCAGGUCAACAAGGAUGCGGGCUUCAACCAGGUGUUCCUAGCCAGCCUGGACAACCUGGAUAUCCUGGUCAACCUGGAUACCCUGGUCAACCUUCUCGACCUGGUCAGCCUGGAUACCCUGGUCAACCUUCUCGACCUGGUCAACCUGGAUACCCUGGUCAACCUUCUCGACCUGGUCAACCUGGAUACCCUGGUCAACCUUCUCGACCUGUCCAACCCGACUGCGGUAGUUCGCCAGGUCAACCUGGAUGCCCUGGUGCACCCGUGUUACCCGGAAGACCUGGACAACCUAGUACACCUGGUUAUUCACCUGGUCGCCCUGCUCAACCUGGAACUCCUGGCCAACCUACUUAUCCACCUGGUCGCCCUAGCCGCCCAAGCCAGCCUGGCCAGCCUGGUUUACCUGGCCAGCCACCUUAUCAACCUAGCUCCCCCAGUCGUCCCGCCCAACCUGGCUUUCCCAGUCGGCCCGGACAACCCGCUACCCCUGGACAGCCAGGUCGCCCAGGUCAGGAAUACCUUCCUCCAGAUGGCUCACCUCAAAGACCACUACCAGACCAACCCGGUUAUCCGGGGCGCCCUGGUCAACCUAGUACUCCUGUACAGCCAAGCCGGCCUGGUGCACCUAGUCAACCAGAUUGUAGCGGUCCUUCCCCGCCACCCGGAUGCCCCCGACCAAGUCAGCCUGGUCGACCUGGACAACCUGGAUAUAGCCCGUCCCAACCUAGUACUCCUGGAAGGCCUGGGCCUUCAGGAUGUGGUGGCCAACCUGGUUUUCCAGGUCAACCGGGAUGUGGACUUUUACCUGGAGGUCCUAGUCAGCCUGAUCAACCUGGAUAUCCUGGCGGAGUGCCUAGCCAACCUGAUUGCAGCAGUUCACCUGGACAGCCUGGAUGCCCUGGUAGACCCAGCCUGCCUGGAAGACCGUCUCAACCUAGCGCACCUAGUCGCCCUGGACAACCUGGAAUUCCUGGCCAAAAUGUGGGUCCUAAUCAACCUGGCUUGCCUGGGCAGCCAUCUGUACAGCCUAGCUUUCCCGGUCAAACUACUCAACCUGGUUUCCCCGGACAGCCCAGUCAGCCGUCUAUACCAGCACAGCCUGGACGACCUGGACGCCCUGGUCAAGAAUACUUGCCACCAGGAGGACCAACCCAAGGACCUCAACCUGGAUACCCUGGUCGCCCUGGUCAACCUGGUUUUUCUGGACAACCUAGCCGACCAGGCUUGCCUCCAAUCAACUGCAGUGGGCCUUCUCCACCACCUGGAUGUCCUGGAUCAACACGACCAGGCCAACCUAAUGGUCGACCUGGACAGCCUGGACAUGGCCCUACCCAACCGAGUAGUCCUGGCAGACCGCGUCCUUCCGGAUGUGAUGGUCGAGCUGGAUCAUCCGGCCAGCCGGAAUGUGGACCUCAGCCUGGACGCCCUGGUCAGCCUGGUCAGCCCAGCCAACCAGGAUACCAUGGAAGCCCUAGCCAACCCGGCGGUCCUACACAACCUGGCCGACCAGGUAUACCUGCUCAACCAGAUUGCAGUGGCCCCUUCCCGCAACCUGGAUGUUCUGCAACACCGGCUCGCCCAAGUCAACCUGGUGGCCGACCUGGACAGCCCGGAUAUACUCCUUCCCAACCGGGCAUCCCUGGAAGACCCAGCUCUUUAGGAUGUGAAGGUCAACCUGGAUAUCCAGGUCAACCGGGUUGUGGAUUCCAACCGGGCCAGCCUGGAUACCCUGGACAUCCUGGUGCACCUAGCCAACCCGAUUGUAAUAAUUUUCCUGGGCAACCUGGAUGCACCGGUGCACCCGGCCUGCCUGGAAGACCAUCUCAACCUAGCACGCCCGGCUACUCACCUGGUCGCCCUGGACAGCCUGCACGGCCUGGUCAACCUGGGCUACCCGGUCAAGAAUAUUUGCCGCCAGAUGGAACUUUACAAAGGCCACAGGGACCUGGCGGUAGACCACAGCAGCCUCCGCCUGGACCCACUUAUCAGCCUCGACCACAACCUGGACUUUCACCGAAGCCGCCACAAGGGCCACCAGACUAUCCGCCUAUUGUCGAUAAUGAAAUUAGUCCAUUUAGACCAGGACCAGGAUCGAAACCACAACCCGGACGACCUAGCUCUCAACCCACGUAUCCCAUUCCAGGCACUGGAGAAGACUCCGGUUCUUUUGGCCCUGAUGGUUACAACUACAAUAAACCCAAUACUCCUUUCACUUUUUAAGAAAGAACAUUUGGAAUGUACUCACACAAAAUAAAAGUAUUAAAACUGUAAACUGUAAAAUUAAUUAAUUACAAUGUAUCUCUGUUAU